AAAGAAAGCUUUUACAAACGUAUAAGUCAGAAAUUAUGAUUUUCUCAAAUUAUUUUUGAUGCUUUCCUGGUCUUAGAAUGUUGACGAGGUCUCCAAAAAAUUGUGCGUCACAGUUUAUUUUGACAUAAUAGUCUGUAUUAUUACACCAAAAACAAGAUUCACACUCCGUUUUAGGUUUUAUUUCGAUAAACGAUGUACCUGUUCAAAACAAAAGAUGCAGUUUGUUCAGCUUUGAGCAGUUUGGCUGAUUUGAAUGAGCAUUUGCAUCAAACCUGAUGUUUUCAACAGUCACAUGAAGGAGAAGGAAAACACGUUUGUUUGCCUUCCACUAGACCCUCAUAAAUGAUAAAUGUGUUUACUAUUUAUACUAUAAAUAAUCAAAAGGUAUUUUAAUCACAUGUGCUUUCAUAACAUCAAAUAGCGAAAGUAAGGCCAAAGGCGAGGACUGAGUCAGCUUUAUGGUGUUUUGUGAACUGUGCAUGUCUGCAUCCUUCCAUUUUUUAUUACCACAGAGACCAGAGUCCUCUAGCAUUGCAGGAAGUUGUGUUUAUGGCUGCAGGUGUUUUUCGAAACUUGAUUGUAUGGGCAAUGAUGUCAUGUUCUAUGGCAGCAACAGACAAAGACACACCCAGUGUCCUCGUGUCACAUGGCCUGUGUGUUUACAGAGUGAUGGUAGUUCGUUGAAAGCAAUAGCUACAGGAUCAGGUCACGUGAGACCACAAAGGGCAGGACGCAAUAACAAAGUCCUCUUCCUCCACACAAACAAAAUGAAGAACCGCAGCAGAGAAAGGAAAUAGAACAUUGAGUUUAGGCAAAUGCAUGGUUAUAUGUGAUGCAAGAGACGGUUGAAUUGGUUUCAUAAACAUGAUCGCACACCUUUCAGAACACAAUGGUGGAAGAAACGAAACAGCGGAAAAACGCCACAUCCCUCCAGGCUGGACCUGGUGAGGUAGACCACAACACUCGCUAUACCAUCGACAUGAGAGUUUCCCAGCGUAUUGGACGACAGCUGGCUCUGAUAGGGGAUGAACUGGACUACAAAUGGCGUGAACAACUGCCCCUGAAUUUUGGGAUUCAUCCUUAUGUCCUAACCAGGAGAGCAUUCUCUGGCAGGAUCUUCAACAAUGUCUGGGGGUCCAAAAUUAUGCCAAUGUUGAGGACAUCCUGGCCUGUUCCACAGCUUCAAAACGGCUGUCAGGAGGCCAAGAAGUGGGCAGCCUUGGUAUCCAACUUGCAGGUUUCUGACUGGUCUCGAAGGACCACAUGCAUACUUGCGUCUGCUUUACUUCUGGUCACUGCGUCUAUCUUCCUUAUAACUUGGAAUGAAAAUGAUGGCUGAAUGUGACACUGAGGUUUUUUUUUUUAAAGAAAACUGCUUAUUUUAAAUUCUCUUUUAUAACUGAUUUGAAUGAAGUGCUGGUUCACAUAUAUGAGUUAAUAUAUGUGCAGGAUUUUGUCAAAGUCAAAGAUUGUUUUUUUGUGUGUGUGUUUUGGGUCUAUUGCUGGAUAAUUGGGCCAAUGAAUUGUCACCUCUUCCUCUAAAAGCAUUUCUGCACUACUAAAGGAAGCUGGACUUUCCAAACCAACAAGGGCAAUAAAAUUUUAAAAA